AUGAAGCGCAAGGCCGACUCUCGGAUUGACGACAAGAAGGCGUCCAAGAAGAAACCCAAGACGACUCUCUCGCCCGACGUCGCAAAGUCGAGGUUCCGCAAGGGCCUCUUCGACAAGAAGGUUCUCGACUCGUACACGCACCAGUACGCCACCUCGAGCCCCUACAAGCACUCGGUCAUCAACGGCCUCGUCGACGACGACCUCCUGCGCUCCGUCCGCGACGAGAUCCGCGAAAACGUCUCCUUCACCCCCAAGGAGACGGACAUCUACAAGAUCCACCAGUCGGGGGAUCUCGCCAACCUUGAUGGCCUCGACGACGACGCCCUCGCCAAGCUGCCCUCGCUCCUCUCCCUGCGCGACGCCAUUUACUCGGAAACCUUCCGCAACUAUGUCUCCCACAUUACCGGAUGCGGGCCCCUGAGCGGCCGCAAGACCGACAUGGCCAUCAAUGUUUACACUCCCGGCUGCUAUCUCCUAUGCCACGACGACGUUAUCGGCAGCCGCAAGGUCAGCUACAUCCUCUACCUCACAGACCCGGACACGCCAUGGAAGCCCGAGUGGGGAGGCGCCCUGCGGCUGUUCCCCGUCGACGAGCGCAAGGGCAAAGACGGCGAGAUCGCAAAGACGCCGGCGCCGGACCACACCAAGGUCAUCCCGCCCGCGUGGAACCAGCUGUCCUUCUUCGCUGUGCAGCCGGGCGAGUCCUUCCACGACGUCGAGGAGGUGUACCACGCCGAGACCAAAGAGCAGCUCGAGCGCGACGGCGGGCGUAUCCGUAUGGCCAUCUCCGGUUGGUUCCACAUCCCACAGGUCGGCGAGGACGGCUACGUCGAGGGCGCCGAGGAGAAGCAGGUCAUGAACUCGGGUCUCAUGCAGCUUCAGGGCAACCCGGACCAGCACGACACCCCGCCCGCGAGGCCCGUCAAGGUCGACAAACCCAAGGCUAGCCUGGAAGGCUUCGACGAGGCCGGCCUCGAGUUCUUGCUCAAGUACAUAGCGCCGACGUACCUCACCCCGGACACGCUCGAGCAGAUCUCGGAACACUUUGAGGAGAACUCGAGCAUCACGCUCUCCAACAUCUUGUCCAAGAAGUUCUCCGCCCGGCUGCGGGAGUACAUCGAGUCGCAGGAGAAGGCGCCCCUGCCCGCGGCCAGCACGGCCAUCGAGAAGGAGUCGGCGUGGCAAGUCGCCCGCCCGCCUCACAAGCACCGCUUCCUGUACCAUCAGCCCGCGGCCGCCGACGAGCUGCGCAGCUCGCAGGAGGAGAACCCGCUGACGGAGCUGCUGGACCACCUCCUCCCGUCACGCCAGUUCUGCGAGUGGCUGCAGGUCGCGACGGGCACCAUCGUCGAGAGCCACGAGUUCCUCGCGCGCCGCUUCCGCCGGGGCCAGGACUACACCCUCGCGACGGGCCACGAGGGCAAGCCGCGCCUGGAGUUCAACCUCGGCAUCACGCCAUCCAAGGGCUGGGGCGACGAGGACGAGGACGGGGGAAGUCCCGAACAGCAGGAGGAGGAGGAAGACCAAGAGGAAGAGGAAGAAGAAGCAGAAGAGAAGCCGAAUGGGAAGGGCAAGAAGCGUAGCAAGGGCAAGGGUAAGGACAAGGGCAAGAUCAAAGCCAAGCGCAAGCCCGAGCCCGAGCCCGAGCCAGAGGAGGAGCUCGAGGUCGGCGGACACGAGGUGUACAUGGCGGGCGACGACGGCGACGAAGACGAGGACGCCGCCGUCUACAAGUCGAGCGGCGACGAUGACAACAUCCUCUUCUUCCAGGCCGCGGCGUGGAACAAGCUGACGCUCGUGCUGCGCGACAGCGGCACACUGCGGUUCGUCAAGUACGUCGGCCGCGCGGCCAAGGGAGACCGCUGGGACAUUUCCGGCGCGCUCGACAUCAAAGACGAGGACGAGGGCGAGGGCGGCGAUGCGGCCGGGUCCGAGGAGGAGUGGAACGGCUUCUCCGAUUCCCCGGCGGCGGCGGAGAGCGACAGCGAUUGA